AUGUCAGACAAGGAGGAAGCCGUGUUCCGUUCAGCGGACAUGUCGCUUGUUCAGAUCUAUGUUCCAACUGAAGUCGCUAGAGAAACCAUCUACAAGAUUGGUCAAUUGGAUAUCAUCCAAUUUAGAGAUUUGAAUUCGAAAGUGAAUGAAUUUCAACGAUCGUUUGUCAAUGAGUUGAGGAAGUUGGACAAUACCGAGAGACAGUAUCGAUUAUUCAAACAAGAGUUGGAUUACAGAGAUAUCCCAAUCAAGUUGUACCCUUAUGAAUUUGUUAUACCGCAACAAUCAGAUAUAGACGAUUUAGUCGAAAGCGGUCAGUUGUUAGAGGAUCGGGUUGUUCAAUUAAGAGAUUCUGUUGAGACAUUGUACAAGAAUCAAAAUUACUUGAAGCAGUUCAAGUUUACUAUAUUGGCAGUGGACAAGUUUUUUCAUUACCAGCUUGGUGGACAUGGUAGUGCAAUUGAACGUUCCUUACUUCCAGAAUUUGACGAGCUGCGUUUAUUGUUGUCGUCCGCUACAGCAUCAGCAUCACAAUUCAUCUCUGGUGUUAUUAAUCGUGACAAAGUUGGGAUCUUGCAACAAAUUUUGUGGAGGAUCUUGAGAGGUAAUUUGUAUUACCACAGUGAAGAGUUGCAAGAAGAGAUUUACGAUGUCAAGCACAAUGCCUAUGUGGCCAAGAAUACGUUUAUCAUUUUCUCCUAUGGAUCACUCGUCCACGAUAGAAUUGUGAAAGUUUGCGAGUCGUUGGAUGCUGAAGUUUAUGAUGUUGACAAAAGUGAAGAAGCAAGAUCCAAGCAAUUGUCUGAAGUGAAAUCAAAGCUUGAAGACCUAGGUACUGUUUUAAGCGAAUCCGAAAAUGCAUUAACCUCUGAACUCAUUGCCAUUAGUCAAGAUCUCGGUAAAUGGUGGGAGAUUAUUGCUAGAGAAAAGCAAGUGUACAAGACCAUGAAUCGAUGUGACUACGACGGGGCUAGGAAAUUGCUUCUUGGUGAAGGAUGGACACCGACGGAUUCGAUACCUGAACUUACCCAAGUGGUGAAGGAAUUUGACCAAACACAAUCUAUUCCUACGAUUGUCAAUGUUUUGAGCACAAAUAGAACACCACCGACGUAUGUGCGUACAAACAAGUUCACCUAUGCAUUCCAAGCCAUUUGUGACGCAUAUGGCACUCCUCGAUACAAGGAAAUUAACCCAGGAUUACCUACGAUUAUUACAUUCCCAUUCAUGUUUGCUAUUAUGUUUGGUGAUUUGGGACAUGGGUUCAUUAUGUUUUUAGCGGCGGCAUUUUUAGUGUUGAAUGAAAAGAAAUUGAGUGGCGUUAAAAAGGAUGAAAUUUUUGAUAUGGCAUACACUGGUCGUUACAUUUUGUUACUUAUGGGUAUUUUCUCCAUGUACACUGGAUUCAUCUACAAUGACGUGUUUUCAAGAUCAAUGGAUUUCUUCAAGAGUGGCUGGGAAUGGCCUGAACAUUUUAAAGUUGGCGAUACGUUGAUUGCCAAGGAAGUGGGGACCUACAUCUUUGGUAUGGAUCCGGCAUGGCAUGGUACAGAGAAUGCGUUGUUGUUUUCUAACUCGUACAAGAUGAAGUUGUCGAUAUUGAUGGGAUAUGCUCAUAUGACUUACUCAUACUUUUUCUCAAUUGCCAACUACAUUUACUUUGAUUCAAUCGUUGACAUUGUUGGUAACUUUAUCCCCGGAUUGUUGUUCAUGCAGGGAAUCUUUGGAUAUUUAUCGUUGGUAAUUGUAUACAAAUGGACAGUUAAUUGGGCAGAAUCAAAGUAUCAACCACCGGGGAUCUUGAACAUGUUGAUUUCGAUGUUUUUAUCACCAGGAAACGUCGAGGAACCUUUUUACCCAGGACAAGCCACAAUUCAAAUUUGGUUGGUUGUUAUUGCAUUGAUUUGUGUACCUUGGUUACUUUUCGUGAAACCAUUGUGGUUAAAGAGACAAUUGGAUAAAGAAGCGAAGCAACACGCGCAAUACUCGGCCUUGCCCAAUGAUGAUGAGGAAGUUGGCGGUUCAAAUGGUUCUACAUACAACAACAAUGAAAACGACGAUGAAGAAGGAGAUGGUGAAGACCAUGAAGAGCAUUCAUUUGGGGAUAUAAUGAUUCAUCAAGUGAUUCACACUAUUGAAUUCUGUCUUAACUGUGUGUCACAUACUGCUUCCUACUUGAGAUUGUGGGCGUUAUCCUUGGCUCAUGCACAAUUAUCUACAGUGUUGUGGUCCAUGACCAUUAGCAAAGCAUUUGGUCCAACUGGAGUGUUUGGUGUGGUUGCCGUUGUAUUCUUGUUUGCCAUGUGGUUUACAUUGACCGUGUGUAUCUUGGUUGUCAUGGAAGGUACUUCAGCCAUGUUGCAUUCGUUGAGAUUGCAUUGGGUUGAAAGUAUGUCUAAAUACUUUGAAGGUGGUGGUAUGCCUUAUGAACCUUUCAGUUUCAAAGGUUUGUUGGACAGUGUGUUUUAA